UGAAGAAGCUCCAAACAAUCUCACCACCUACCAUUACUGAUUUUGAUACCCCCAAUUAUUCCUCAAUUAAAAAAUCUUCCAAUUUUUGACUAGUCUCCAAUUCAUCUUCUCAUUUCUUUCAACGCCCACACCAAUUCUAUUCACACACCCACGACUUUCCCAAUUCUUCCAUAAUUCUGCUUCCGAUCACCAUUUUCUGGAAUUGGUUGUGAUCGGUUUGAUCCACCAUGGCGAGUAAUGGCGGAGGUGGGAGCAGCAGCAGCAGUAAUAGGAAGGAAAUAGCAAUGAGGCUGCGGGCGGCGGCGGAGGAGGCGGUGCAGUGUGUUGGUUUGGGCUACGACUUGACUCUAGACCUCCGAUUGAAGUACUGCAAGAAGCAGCAGCGGCUGAUCGCCAUCGACGACGGUCAGGUCAGAGACAUCGCCAUCCCCGGCGGCACCUUGGUGCAGAAUGUGCCCAAGUCGAUCAAUUGUGAUAAGGGCGACCGUGUGCGCUUCAGCCCCGAUGUUUUUUCGUUCCAGCAGAUGUCGGAACAGUUCAACCAGGAAUUAUCACUUUCAGGUAAAAUUCCGACCGGCCAUUUCAAUGCGGCCUUUGAGUUCACUGGUUGUUGGCAGAAAGAUGCUGCCUUUACGAAAUCUCUUGCGUUUGAUGGGGUGUUUAUUAGCCUCUAUAGCAUUGCAUUAGAAAAGACCCAAGUAGCACUCCAAGAUCAUGUUAAACAAGCAGUGCCAUCGUCUUGGGAUCCCGCUGCUCUAGCAAGGUUCAUUGAGAAGUUCGGGACCCAUAUCAUUGUUGGUGUGAAGAUGGGGGGGAAGGAUGUUGUAUAUUUGAAGCAGCAAUACUCAUCGCCUCUUCAACCCGCUGAUGUGCAGAAAAGAUUGAAGGAUGUGGCAGACAAGAGGUUUGCUGAUGGCAGUGGAGAAUCUAGUGUGAAUCCUGAGAAAGCUUAUGGCAGGGAAAUGCGUGAGACUAAUGAUAGAGGAAUUGCAUUCUUGGAUCCCAGUACACCAAGUUUCCACUCUAACCAAGAGGAAAUAACUUUCUUCUGGAGAAGGAGAGGUGGAAGCAGUGAAAGAAAUAUGCCUCAUAAUAAGUGGUGUCAGACAGUUCAGCUUGAGCCUGAAGUGAUAUCUAUGUCUUUUAUUCCAAUUGCAUCACUCUUGAGUGGAAUUGAUGGGAGUGGAUUCCUUGGUCAUGCUAUCAAUCUAUACUUGCGAUACAAGCCACCUAUUGAAGAAUUAUAUCAGUUCUUGGAAUUCCAGCUCCCAAGGCAAUGGGCACCUGUAUUUGGUGAUGUCCCCCUUGGCCCUGAUAGAAAGCAGCACGGCGCUGCUUCUUUGCAAUUCAGUUUGAUGGGUCCCAAGCUUUAUGUCAACACCGAUGAGGUGGAUGUGGGAAAUAAACCAGUAACCGGGCUGCGACUCUAUUUAGAAGGAAAAAGAAGUAAUUGCUUGGCAAUCCAUUUGCAACAUCUCUCAUCCUUGCCAAAGAGCUUCCAACUUCAUAAUGAGUCAGGUGGAAGGAAUAGUAACUCUGUGGACCGCAGGUAUUACGAGAAGGUCCAGUGGAAAAGUUUCUCACAUGUAUGCAGUGCACCCGUGGAGUCAGACGACGACCUCGCCAUAGUGACUGGAGCAGAAUUUGAAGUGAAGGAAUCUGGCUUGAGAAACGUCCUAUUCCUACGCCUCCACUUCUCCAGAGUUAGUGGUGCAACAGUGGUGAAGAAACCAGAGUGGGACGGCUCCCCUGUACUGGCUCAAAAGUCAGGAAUUAUAUCAACUUUAAUUAGCAGCCACUUCUCCAGUGCACAGAAAGCUGCUCCGAAGCCAUCGGAUGUUAACAUCAAUUCUGCUCUAUACCCUGAUGGCCCUCCAAUGUCUACACAAACCGCUAAACUUCUCAGGUUUGUUGACACGAUGGAGAUGAUGAGGGGACCUCAGGACACGCCCGGGUACUGGGUGGUGUCGGGUGCCAGGCUCGUUGUUGACAAGGGUAAAAUAUCGCUGCGGGUGAAGUACUCUCUGUUGGCCGUGAUUUUGCCAGAUGAAGAUGCACUUUUGCAAGGGUGAUUGAUCGUUUUUGUAAAAAAUGAAAGAAGCUUAUUUACUUGUAGGAAUUGUAAUAGUAGUCUUUGUUGAGAUUCUCGUGUGAUCGUUGAUGCAGUAUUUUAGCUUGUAUAUGUACUCAACCUUUGUUAAACUAGAUUGGUCCAGUCGAACCGGCCUGUGAUCUGGUCCGACUCGGUAAAA